CAGCUAGGUUGUACGCUCACAUAAAAUAUCUGGUUUGUUAUGGACUUGAGUCAUAUCUGUAAAACAGACUGCAUGUGACCCUGUGACCCCUGGUUGACUGGGAGAGAUCGGUGGGGCCAUGGCCGCUGGGGCUACAGUCGGGGAGAGCCAACUGCAGAGGAUUAUCCGAGAUCUGCGUGAGGCUGUUUCAGAGCUUGCAAAGGAGUACAGGGAAAGUGGGGAGCCAAUCACAGAUGACAGUCCCAACCUGCACAAGUUCUCCUCCAAACUGGAGUACCUGCUGCAGUUUGACCAGAAGGAGAAGACAACAUUUCUUGGUACAAAGAAGGAUUAUUGGGAAUACUUUACCGACUGUCUGGCGAAACUCAAAGGAGCCAAUGAUGGGAUCCGCUUUGUCAAAUCCAUCACUGAGCUGAAGACGUCUCUGGGCAAAGGACGAGCGUUCAUCCGAUACUCCCUCGUCCACCAGCGACUGGCUGACACGCUGCAGCAGUGCCUGAUGAACCAGAGGGUCACCAGUGACUGGUACUAUGCAAGGAGCCCCUUCUUGAAGCCCCACCUUAGUGUUGACAUAAUCAAUCACCUGUACGAACUCAAUGAGGUCCAGUUUGAUGUGGCCUCCAGGGGUCAUGAUCUUGAUGCUUCCUGGCCCACAUUUGCAAGGAGAACACUGGGCAGUGCCAAUUCACCGGGCCACAUGUGGAAACCACCCAGUCGCAGUUCCAGUAUUAACAGUCUGGCCAGCACCUACUCCCAGCAAGCACACGAGUUCCCCUCCAGCCCCGACUAUGGUCAGGGUCUGCUGAGUGACCUGAACGACUCUCUUCCCGCCUGCAGCGAGGAUGUCGGCACAUUGGAAGAUCUUCGCCUGGAGCUGGACCAGUCGGAGCUGAAGCAGCGAGAGCUCCUGCAUAAGGUGCAUCAGCUGGGAGAGGAGGGUGCCGAGUUCAGGGCCGUGGUUGUGCAGCUCCAAAGGCAGCUGGAUGCGUCCCUGGCUGCCCAAGAGGAGCAACAGGGAUUGCAGGGCGAUCUCAAGGCUCUGCAGGGAAGAGAAGAAGCACUGUGCAGAGAGGUGGAAGCACUCAGGACUGGGGGGAAAGCCAGGGAGGCUGAACAGCAACUGCUUCAGGAGAAGUUGGCAGCUGCUGAGGGGAAGAACAUCGAGCUCCUGGCCAUGUUGGACGGGGUUCUCAAUGAGAAGGGCCAGCAGGCCGCCAGUUACUUUGAUUCAGCUCAAAAGAUACACCAGUUGCUGGACAGAUUGAAAGAGGCAGAGAGAGGGACGAUGGAAGCUGUCGCUGAGGUAGAGGAGAAGAAGAGACUGGCAGAAAGGCUCGAGGAUGAGCUGAGAGCCAAGGAGGCAGCUGCCAAGCAUGCAGAGGCAAAACUCGGGGCAUUAGUUACAUCUGCAUCUGAGGAGAAGGUCAAGCUAGAGGUGAAAGUGGGGGAACAGUGCAGAGCCAUUGAUAAGCUGCAGGGCGCCUUGACAGUGAGAGAGAAGGAGGCGAGCAACCUAAAAAGGCAACUGCAGGACCUACAAGAAACUCUAGAGGAGAAGGAGAAAGAGGUGCAGGAGGUGAAGAUAAGCGCGCACAAAGAUAAAGACGAAAUGCAGAAGAAUACUGCUGGUUUAAAGGAGUCUUUAGAAGCAGAAGUCACUGCCCUUAAGGAGCAUCUAAAGAGGAAAGAGGCGGAGCUGACCUCCAGCUGCAAGACACGACAAGAGCUAGAAGCCAAGAACCAAAGCUUGAUCACAGAGAAGGGCACACUGACCACCAAACGUGUUCAGCUGGAGGGUGAUGUGAAAGAACAAGUCGCCAAGAUAGAGGACUACAAGAAGCAGUGCGGCAAUCUAAUCGAAGUAAACGAGAAACUGAUAACCACGGUGAAGAGAAACGAGGAGCUAAAGAAGGAGUUGUCGGAAAGCCGAACGGUGCUCGAAGCUGAAUUAGCAGCUCGGAGAGCUUCUGAGAAACAGCUUCGCGGCCAGCUGGACGAUGCCAAGAUGACAGUGGAUGAAAAAGAGAGGUGCUUGCGUGAGGAGAACGGCAAGCUGGAGGAGAGUCUGCAGCGGGCCAUCGCGGCCGGAAAGCUCGCCGAGGCCACGUCGGAGCGGCAGGAGCACGAGAACCAGAGUCUGAGGGAGGAGCAGGAGACUGUGAAAUCAGCUCUGAGCCGCAUGCAAGCUGACCUGAAGAGUGUCAACGGGCAGAUCGGGGAUUUGGAGAAGAACUUGGGAGCGUCUCGCGAGAAUGAAGCGAGCCUUCGAGAACAGCUUCGAGCCAGAGGGGAGAAGCUUGGCGAGCUGUUGUCCAGCGUAACGCGUCUCGAGGCCAGGGAGGAGGAGCUCCGGGUCGCCAAAGCUGAUGCCGAAGCAACCUGCGCCAAACAGACGGCGGUGAUCGAAAGGGUGACCUCUGACAAGCGGGCGGUGGAGAAAUCUCAGCUGGAGAGGAGCGCGGUCCGAGCAAAAGAGAGCCAGGAAGUGACGGGCAAACUCGAAGGCCAAUUGGAGGUGUGCGUGAAAGACGUGUCGAGGCUCCAGGCAGAGGUCCUGGACCUCAGGGUGCGGUGCCAGAGGUCCGAGGACGAACAACUCAAAUCGCAAGCACGGCUGGAGGUGACGGAGGCCCAAAGAGAUGAGCUCAGGACGCUGACCGAGCAUUUGAAAGCCCAGACCGAGGCGCUGAAUCAAAGGCACGUAACAGAGCUUAUGGACUGCAAGAAAGAAGAGGAAGCUCUUAUCGAACAGCGGGACAGAGAAGUAGCCGCCAACGCCGCGUUGUCGAUCUCUGCGGCCGCCGCCCGAGAGGAGCUCUCCAGCCUCAAGGCGCAGAAUGUAAAGCUGUCCUCGGAGAGCAGCGAGACCCGUGAGAGUCUACACGGGGCGAACACGGAGAUGGCGGAGCUUGGGAUCACCAUCUGUAGGAUAAAUGCAGAGAAGGAGGCGGUUGGAGAGCAUCGGGCAGGGGACGCUGCCAGGAUCGAAGAGCUGGAGAAAGAGGUGGCGCGACGAGAAGAGAGCAUGGCGGGACUACAGCUGGACAGUAGCGCGCUCCGAGAGGAGCUGACACAGAAGGUGAACCUCCCGGAGACCAUCGUCGAGCUCCGGGAGCAGCUGGACAAGGCCAAGAGCCAGAUGAAGAGUUUCAAGGACUCUAACCGAGAGGAGGUGGAGGCCACCAAGUUCCAACUGAGCUCGGAGAGCAUGAACCAUCAGGUCCAGAUGAAGAGUUUAAAUCAGCAGCUGGACAAGAUGAAAGCGCGGCUGCAGGAGGAGUCGAAGAACGUGUCCAGCCUGCAGGCCAAGGUGUCCGAACUCCAGGUUGUAAAUGAGAAGUACUUGCAGCUAACUGGCGAGAAAGAUGCUCACAUCACAAAGACAGAAACAUCCAUCCGUGAGAGCGAGAGCGAGAUUCAGCAAGUGAGAAAUGCAGUCGCCAGUGCUGGAGAAGCCCACUCAGCUUUAGAAAAGGUCUGCGAGGAAUUGAAGCAGAAACUCAACGCAACAGAAGCUGACCAACAAAGCCAGAGCCUGAUGAUGACUGCAGAGAUCGAUGACCUCAACAGAACCAAGGUCAUCCUGGGAGAGCGGCUCAUCGAGCUUAUCAGGGACAAAGAUGCUCUUUGGCAGAAGUCAGACGCUCUGGAGUUUGAGCAGAAGCUACGAGCAGAGGAGCGCUGGUGGUUAGUCGAUAAGGAGGCCACGCAGUGCCUCGGCUGCGAGGGCCAGUUCUCCUGGUGGCUGCGCAGACAUCACUGCAGGCUUUGCGGCCGCAUCUUCUGCUACUACUGCAGCAACCACUAUGUGAUGACUAAGCACAGUGGGAAGAAGGAGCGCUGCUGCAAAGACUGCUACACCCAACACAGCGUGGUGGUGGAGCGCUUCACCAAGGCAGAGCUGAGUCCCUCAGACACUCGGCCUCCUCCACCGGGAGCCGGACCUCAGCCACCACCUGAACCGGCCCCGUAUACACCCACUCCAAGGGUCACAGUUUCAGACCCCAGCAACAGAUGUAACGAUGGAGUUUUUGACAUAAUCACAGAGGCGGAAGUGAACGGUGCGUACGACAGUGACACCACCUCCCAGACCACAGCAGGCUCCCUGGAGGGAGAGCAAGACCAACGGCCUCCAGGAGCACUGGAUAUUGGCACACGAGAUGUGACCCCCGAUGACCCUGAAGAUCAUGUUGCCACUGUACAGGAUACAGAAAUCAACCUUCUCAAAUCAGGAGAAGUCACCAUGGCCGUCCCCCUCAGCGUCGACGACAUCGCUCAGUUUGGCGACGGCUCCAGGGGAAUUUUCAUCAAGUCCAGCUGUUACAGUGUGAUCACGGUCGCCGUGGGCGACUGCGGGCGGACCAUCAGCUGGACGUUUUCCUCGGAGCCCAAGAGCAUCUCCUUCAGCGUGGUUUACAGGGAGUCCAGUGACACUCGUGUGGAGCAGUCAAAGGUCCUGAUUCCUUUAACUCGCUGCAAUUCCCAUAAGGAGACAAUUCAGGGACAGCUGAAAGUCCGAAACCCCGGCCUCUACACGCUCGUCUUCGACAACUCCUUCUCACGGUUUAUCUCCAAGAAAGUCUUCUACCAUCUGACCAUGGAGAGCCCCGUCGUCUAUGACGGCAGCGACUUCCCCUGAAGCUGAACGACUCCCACAGAGACAUCGUCUCCACGUCACGGUGGCAGCCAGAGGGACACUGAAAUGAUGUCACAUCAAAGCUCUUUUAUUCCCAAAACCUGAUUUUUACCAAGUAUUUUAUGUUUUAUGUGCUAUUUGAGUUUGUGGCGUUGAUGUUUUGAGGCGUGCUCAUGUUUUAACGAAGUGAGGUGUUGUCAACAAUGUGAAAAACGGUUUUAGAAAGAAACGGAAAGACAAAUUGUAAAGUUUUAUCAUGCAAGUUGUAUUUAAGUAGUGUACCUACUUUUAGUUCAGCGAGGUUUAAAUUAGUAAGUUGUGAGCUUUAGGAUAUUGUGUGAUUAAAAAAAAAAAAAUGUGUUGGUCUUAGUGCUGCUUUGGCCUUUCUUUCCCCCAAAUAUGCUCUUACGUUAGGGAAUGCAGAGCACUACAAGUAGCACUUGGGGUAUGAGACUGUUGUCCGACGACAAGUAUUUAUAGGCAAAAGAAGUCUCUGGAGACCCAGGAAAGAUUUUUAAAACGUGGUCAGUUGUGCAAUCUUUGAAGUCAAAGCAGAAGAGGAGUUUCCUCCUCGCUCGUUUAUUAACCAACACGUCUGAACACUAUGUUUGCACUUUGCCAGCGCAGGAAAGGAGACAAAUGAACUGGCUUGGAAAAAUAUUGUUUCUGUUUGCAAAUCUCAGGAGUGGGACAGAACAUUUUUCUCCAGCAGGAGAAUGUCCUAAAUUAUGUUUUUGGAAAGAACUGCCAUCUUCGUUUGUGUGUAAGGAGACGACAAACCAGCUUCCUCCAGUUGGUUCUCGGCUCUGAUGAAGCAGAGUGCCGGUUCUCACACAGACCGUCACCAGGAGAAUAUUAAUGACCGUCAGCUUCUGAGCUAUACGUUCAAAGUGCCUAAUAACUCUGAUGGUCAGAGUUAGUUUUCUUUUAUAUUUGUAUAUUACACUCUUUGUUAUCCGCACAAAACAUGACACCUGGUAUGAGUUGAUACUAUUCUGUAAACAAAUUAUUCCAGUUACAUUUAAAUCACAAUAUGCACACUAUAUUUCUGUUUGAUCACUUGAAAUGAUUGUUCUGUUUGGAUUUGGUUUGAAUCUCUGGAGUUUUUUUGUGAUAUGUUUAGAUAACCUUCAGUAUUGUGUGAUGUUAAAUGUUUCUUUUAUUGCAAAGCAUUAUGGAAAAAUGGGCUUCCUCACUGUUGGACACAUGACUUAUUGAAACAUGAAGUCUAUAUUCUGCCUCUAUAGGGAUUGUUUUGCACUUCACAGUCAGAUCUCUUAUAUUUGUGAUGGGUGUAAAUUGGUUUCUAUGCAAAAGCUCAUAUUUUCUCUAAAGAGCUUCACUUUGUUAUAAUUGUUUUAUAAAUUGUUACAAUUACAAACAUUAUUAAAUCUGUUAAAAUGAA